AUGUGUAUUAUAUACUGCAAUUCAGGAUCACAAAAUGAACAACCAGCUCCAGAGCAUUUACCAACAGGGGCCAGAUUCAACAACCAUACACUUUUGGUGGGGUUCCUUUUCAAGGACAUGGAUUCUGGAGGCAAAAUUUGUGCACUUCUCAUGGAUAUGAUGGCACUCCCCUUUGUUGCUCUUGUCAGCCCACGAGAAACAGCAUUUAAUCUUGAGGAGAACAGGAACCUUUGCUUAGAGUGUCUAGACACAGCUAUCAUGGAUACCAACCAAGCCCAACACCUUUACAUUGACAUUCAGAGAUUUUACCAAGGUCAUAAUAUGAAUUUGGACCAGCAAAUUCCUCUGAGGAUGGUUGAAACACAAGUGAUGCGUGAAACAUCUGAAGAAUAUGUACAGACUGUGCCUUUAGGACGCAGCUUAUGGGUGAGACAGUUAUUCGGCCCUAUUAUGAAUUGUUUUCGUAUAUUGAGAAGUUAUCCGGAUAGGAAAGUGAAGAAAAUAUUGGUUUUAUUUGGUUUACCAAGGUUGUAUACUGGAAUGAUCAUAGCUCAUGAGAUGAUGCAUGCAUGGCUAAUACUAAAAGGUUACUCGACCACUCUAGAUCCAGUGGUCGAAGAAGGUAUGUGUGAGGUUAUGGCUUAUAUGUGGUUGGAGGCUGAGCUCUCUUCUCUAUCCAGCAGCAACGUUAUGUCACCUUAUAAUAAAAGGAAGCUUGGGGAGUUCUUGAAGUACCAAUAUGAAUCAAACACGUCCCCUAUUCACGGAGAUGGAUUUAGACAAGGUCAACAAGCAGUGAGCAAAUAUGGUCUAAAAAGAACCCUUGAACAUAUUCGGGAGACACAGAAUUUUCCAUCUUGA